GCAAUGGAGAAACAUCAUGUCCUUCUUCUCUUUCUCUUGUUUUCCUUCUUACUUUUUCAUUUGAUUGUUGCUAUGGAAAGUGAAGAUAGAACUGAGGAGUGGGGCUAUGUUGAAGUUCGUGAGAAAGCUCACAUGUUUUGGUGGCAUUAUAAAAGUCCCCAUAGAGUUGAAGAUGCAUCUAAACCAUGGCCCAUAAUCUUAUGGCUGUCAGGAGGUCCGGGUACCUCUGGAACUGCAUUUGGAAAUUUCUAUCAAGUAGGACCACGAGGUGAAAAUUUAUUGUCUCGUGAAUCAACAUGGGUUCGGAAGGCAGACCUCUUAUUUGUGGAUAGUCCAGUUGGAACGGGGUUUAGUUAUGUCGUGGGUGAGUUACGGGUGGCUAGGAGUGAUGAACAAAUAGCAAUCGACUUGCUUGCGUUGUUGAAAAAUCUCUUUGAUACAAACCAAGCCCUCCAAAAAAGUCCUCUCUUUAUCUUUGGAGAAUCAUAUGCAGGAAAAACCGCAGCUAUUCUUGGACUACAAAUUUUGAAAUCCAUUGAAGAGAACAAACUAAAACUUCGACUUGGAGGAGUUGCCUUGGGAUGUAGCUGGAUUUCUCCCCUAGAUUCUGUGCUUACGUGGGGGCCACUUCUGAAAGACAUGUCUUGGCUUGACGAUGCUGGUUUAGAGGAAGCAAAUAGAUGGGCUUCAAAAAUACAAAAUCAGCUUGAAAAUCACAACGCCAUGGAUGCAACAGGAACAUGGAGUGCACUCCAAGAUGCAAUUCUAGAUAACAGUAACUCUGUGGAUUUACAUAACUUCUUGUUCGAUCAUCAAAGAAGGGCUAAUACCCAAGCAGAAAACCCUGUUGACUUUAAAAAGUUGAUGAAUGGUGUUGUUAAAUCAAGGUUGAAAAUUAUUCCUGAGGAUGUGGAUUGGGGAGGACAACAAGAUCUAAUCUUUAAAGCAUUGAGGGGUGACUUCAUGAAUCCCAAAAUUAAGGAGGUUGGCGAGCUCUUGGCCAAAGGCGUAAAUGUCACCAUAUACAAUGGACAGCUUGACAUCAUAUGCUCAACAAAAGGAGCAGAAUCGUGGGUAAAAAAGCUCAUAUGGGAUGGUUUGGAAACCUUCUUGAAAACCAGUCGUGUUCCUCUGUACCAUGGAAAUGAUAGAGAAACCAAAGGAUUUAAAAGAUCACAUAGGCACUUGACAUUCUAUUGGAUUCUUAGGGCUGGUCAUGUUAUUCCAAAGGACCAACCAUGGAUUACUUUGCAGAUGGUAGGAGAAAUUACUGAAUCACCUAGACUAGAUACAGAGAAAGAAGACAUGAUUGUCCUGCGCUAG